ACUGAUGGCGGCCUUCACAAGACGCCAACAAGUUCAAGGCGCUCGAAGACGAUCUUGACCGUGUUAAAUGCGAAGAACCAGCGAGUGCACAGCUUCCGCAUACAAUAAUCUUUAAAAUAAGUCGUAACCAUGCACAAACUCGCCAUUUUCGGGUUGUUUUUCUUAUUUUCUGGACUUUUUGGUGAAACGGUGGUGCCUACUGCUACGAGGGGCAACGAAAAUGUGACAGUGCAAAUUAGUAGGCAGAGUAGGGCCAGCAGGGAUGCUGCUUACCGAGGACUGAUCGUAUGUGCUUUUCGGUAUGAUACUGGGUGUUUCUUAGAUGUAGCCAAGCAGUUUUUGGAUUCAAAAAGGGUAGAACUUUUAGCUGAAGCUGAUGCAGAAGUAGCCAGAGCAUCAGGCUCAACUAGUACAACGAACAAACCAUCACAAGUGGCCCAGACAAUCGAGAAACUCUUCACAGAUCUUGCUGGUCUAUUUAGAGAAGGUUUUGCCAAUAUUUUCGGAGUACAAGAAAAUGACGACGAACUAGCCGCUAAUAAAGGCAAAGACACCGAAGAAAAUGAUGACGAUGAGGAGGACGAUGAUAAAAAAGAAAAUACUAGUAGAGAUAUUGGAGAAGCAAGAAAGAAGAAGAAAAAGAAGAAGAGAAAGUUCCUCGCCAUUUUCCUGGCCGUUGUAGCCAAAUUAGGUCUAUUGGUGAAACUACUACAAGCUGGUCUUUUGUUAAAACUUGCUCUAACAACGGUAGCCAUUUUGGGAGUGUCUGUAGCCAAAUUGAUCUUUUUGGUCAAACACGGCAAACAAAAGACUAUUUACUACGAAAAUUCUCAUCAUGAUCAUCACUAUGAACACGAUGAUAUCUAUGAGCAAGAUGAUCACCAUCAUGGAUGGGGCAGAAGUGCCAAUGCUAUGGCUUAUUCCAAACAAAUUCCAAAAAGCAGUUACUAAAUAUGUUAAUAACAAUAUAAUUAAAAGCUCAAUUAUACCAAUAUUUAUAUUAGUUUCUGUUAUUACUUACAUUGCAUUAUACGAAAUAAAACCAAAAAAGACAUUGCAUGAUCAUAUAUGUUCCAUAGCAUAAUAUUAAUGCUAAAUUCUUUAAAUUAUGCGUAGCAAGUUUAUAUCUGAGUCAUUUUCACAAGUCAGCAGAAGUUUGUGAGAUUUAAAAAGUCUUUGCUUGAAGCGUUUUAUAUGCUUUUAUAUAAUCUUUUUACUCCUUAAACAGCCUUAAAAGUAUAUAACCCAAGUAGCACAAUAAAAACAUUUUAGUUUUAUUUAAGGUUUAUAAAGGUUUUAUUGUGGCAAAUAAGAAGAUAAUGGCUUUAAAGUUACCUUGUAGAUAUACUGUUAGAACUUUAAAACUGUUAAGCAUUUUUCACUAGUUUUAAAGUAUCUAAUAAGAGUAUCAAUUAAGAAUAAUUAAUCUUAAUAGAUAAUUUGUCUUAUUGUAGUUUUAAAAUGGUUUAUUCUCAGUUUACUUUAAAACUAAUCAGUUUUGUGAAGAACUUCUGGAUUAUUUAGUUUUAUUAGAUUCUAGUUUGUGACCUUUUAGUUUUAUUGCAGUUUUAAAGAUUCUCCUAAUAUGACUAAUAAAACCUAUUAUUAAAACUACUUGAUCUCAAGACUAUUGUCAGUAGGUCAUAUGUCUUAAAACUAUUUUUAAGGUUUUCUUUAAAGUUACUUUCUUAAAAGCAAUUGAGUCGUUUAUUGUUGAAAGGGGGUAAGCACCAUUUUCAACUUUUCGAGUUAUAGUAAAAAACGUUUCUCUCUUUAUAAAAGCACGUCAUUUGGUGUUAAACGCAGUUUCGCAGUAUAAACUAUAUCCAAGCAGGGCAUCAGUGCUUGCUUUCUUUUAACACCAAAUGACGCGGAUAAAGUAAGAGAGAAGGGUUUUUUACUGUAACUCGAAAAGUAGAAAAUGGCGCUUACCCCCAUUAAAUAAUAAUCGAUUCAAAUAUUAGGCUAUAUUAAAAUCAAACGCUCUUAACUGAAUCAAUUUGGUUAUCGUAAAGAAUAAACUAUGCUUCUUGUUAGAAACAAUAAAGCUAAACUCAUCCCCUCUUCUUUCAAGUCCAAAAUGGUCGGCCAUUUGUUUUAGAGCGAAAUAGUGGUGUAGUGUGUUGUAAAAAGUGGGAGUACAGAUAGUAUGGAAGAAAUAAGUCGCAAGUACUUAUAAUAUAAACGAACUGGUCAUUACGGCUAAUUUUUCAAAGAAUACAACACACACAGCACAACGACGCCUCGAUUUUAAGGUUAGAUUCACAUUAAAACCGAGUGGCAUUAUUGACAGCAGCGUUAAAACUAAACGGUUUUAAUUCCAAGGCAACUUUGCUUUUAUGUAGGAUAUAUGCUCUUGGAAAGGUAUAUAAUAAAACCAUUUGAUCUUAACAAUUCUCUGUCGAUAGACUAAAUAGUUUUAUUUGGUUUUCGGCCAUAUUGCUUUCUGGAGAUGCUGAAAGCCAUGAUAGAUUACAAUAUAAGGCUCACAUAAAAAUUUUAAAUAAGUGGCUUAAAGACAUAAAUUCGAUUUAUUUUAACAUUAAAACAUUAAAAUUGUAGAUAAAAUUAUUUUUCUUUCGAAUUAAUAUUUUUCGCAUUUAAAUUGUUUUAUUAUUAUUAUUUUUUAAUCGCCAAAAGUCAGAAAGUUUACGGCGCGUGAGUUAUUUAGACCUAUUUUUGUUAACAUUAUCAGUAGUAAUUGCACAAGAGCUCUGAAAUUCUAUAUUAAUUUCAGAGGUCGAGUGCAAUUUGUUGCGAUUAUUUCAUGAAAUAAACUGUUCAAAACCAAAAUUUUAUUGUAAUUUAUUUAUGUAAGUACCAUUAAACACACAGUUUUUAUAAAUAUUUGACGAUUGAAGGUCAUUACUUUUAUCAUUUUUAAAACAUUAAUUGUCAUUAAUGUCACUGAAUGUAUUUUUUCGUAGCAACGAAGGGCAUCUGACGUAAUAUACUUAACGACGGGAGAUUAUCAAAAAUUAUCGAUUUAAUUCAGAUUUCUGUAGCUUUCUAUUGGUCAGAAUCUCCUAUGAAUGAAAUAAUCAGCAGUAAUUGCACAAGAGCUCUGAAAUUCUAUAUUAAUUUCAGAGGUCGAGUGCAAUUUGUUGCGAUUAUUUCAUGAAUAAAACUGUUCAAAACCCAAAUUUUAUUGUAAUUUAUUUAUGUAAGUACCAUUAAACACACAGUUUUUAUAAAUAUUUGACGAUUGAAAGUCAUCACUUUUACAAUUUUUAAAAGAUAAAUUGUGAUUAAUGUCACUGAAUGUAUUUUUUCGUAGCAACGAAGGGCAUCUGACGUAAUAUACUUAACGACGGGAGAUUAUCAAAAAUUAUCGAUUUAAUUCAGAUUUCUGUAGCUUUCUAUUGGUCAGAAUCUCCUAUGAAUGAAAUAAUCAAUAAAAUUGGGUGCGGAGUGUUUUUCUAUCUUGAGAGUCCGAAAUAAUCAAGUCCUUUUUAUUAUUUUAUGGUUACAAAUACGUAUCUACCUAUCAUAACACAUGUAAAAAUUUGUUGGCCUAUAUUGAGUAUAUGGGUUUAAAAACUCAUUUAAUAUGGUAAAUUGUCUUUAAAAGUCUCCAUUUAAGAAACCUUUUUAAGUUUGCUAUAAAAGUGCCUGCACUUAAAGUGUCUUUUAACAUGGUUUUAAAAGCACCUUCACAGCAGCUUUAAACCCAGUUCCUUAAGAAAACGAAGUUUUAAAUAGGUUUUUAUUUUUGGUUUUAUUGACCUCUUUUAGUGUGGGCCCUUUUAUGCUGAAAGCGGUUUUAUUGAAACCUUAAGGUUUACUUAAAAACCAAUUGGUUUUAAUUUUAGUUUUAUUCUAUAGUUUUAAAGCAUCCUUAAAAAACUUAAUAAACCCGUUCGGUGCUACUUGGGAAGCCAUACAGGGUUUUUAAGACUUGAACGUCUAUAAUUUCUUCUUCUUCUUCUUCUUAGCCUUCUAUCGUCCACGUUUGGACAUAGGCAUCUCCCAACUCAUUCCCCCGAUCCCUAUCCUGAGCAACAUAUUUCCAAUUGGUUCCGGCUACUCUUUUAAUAUCAUCAACCCACCUCAUCUGUGGACCUCUCGGUCGUUUACUUUGGUAUGGUCUCCAAUGUUGGUUUUGUUGCAUUGCAACGUUGGUAUUUUUAUCUAGCAGUGUGGCGUGCGAAGCUCCAUUUAAGUUUGCAACUUUUGUUAUUUUGUCCGCGACUUUUGUUUUUGAUCUUACCCAGUCGUUCCUCUUCGUUCCAGAAGGUUGGCAAUCAUGAUUAAUAUUCAGUCUUCCGCGCUAGAAAAAGCUUCGUCAUUAUUGGAUCCCUUUUAUUAUUCAAGCACCAGUUGGUUUCUCCCUCUCUCUCCAAUGGCGUCUCCCUCGGCCUACUCCAAACUGUGCCUUCAACCUUACCGGGCCCGCACUGAUUUUCUCCGGGUUUUUACGUCUAGCAAAUAGCAUCCUCUCACCAUUUCCGUGGCCUUACUUUUAUUCUGGCGCCUUAAAUUUUACUAACUAGGCAUAUUUUCGACUAUCUUUCCAUCUCUAUUCUUACUACAUGACCAACCCAUCAAAGACUAUGAAAUUUAACGAAUUAUGAGAUCGGUGUCUAUUUCAUGGUUGUACCUGCAGAUUUCAUGGUUGUACCUGGAUGGCCAUACUCCGUUUUUGUUCAUAGGUACAAAUAUCGACGCCAUUGGUUUGAUAAUAGUUUUGUAGGCCUUGAUUUUUGACCGUGUGUAUUUCUUUAAUGGAACACAUGAAUGAGUGAAAAAUAAGCUUUGUUUUCCUUGAGUGUGUAUUUCUGGUGCUUCUGUUCCAACCGUGUUUAAUGCAACUUCCAAAUAUGUGAAGCUUUCUAAAGUUUCAAUAACGUCCUCUAAUUCAACUGUGUGUAUAUUUUACCUAGCUCUUCUUAUUUUUUUUCGGCUUCUUCCUUCUUGUAUGUAGGCUUUUUAACGUCUGUUUCUUCUUCAAUAUUAGCCUCCUAAAUUGUUUAGGUUAUCGCACCAUCUUUUUCUUGUUGUGUCAAUACUUAUUCGUCCAUUUGGUGACUUAUCUCGUGCUAUUCGUACUAUCCUAUCCUCUGCCAUUCUAUUAAUGUGUUCGUUCCACUCCUGUUUCCGUUUUGUCACCCAUCCAUUUAUAUCUUCUACAUUGCAUGAUAUUCUUAUGUUUUCGCUUCUCUCCCUAUCCAACAGACUUUUCCCUGAUAUUGAAUAUUCAUUUCUAGUCCGGUCUCUUUUGUCACUGUUUUUAGAGGCGAAUAUAUUUUCUAACGCAUCUUCUAUUCUGUGAGCCAUCAUGCUGAUGUCGUCAGAAUAGGCGGCAGUCUGUAUUGAUUUACUUGUUAGAAGAUUAGCUUUUCCAGUAUUAAACUGUCUUAUCACAUAUUCGAGAGUCAUAUUAUAUUAUAUAUAGAUUUUCCUUUACAUUUCAGAUGACCUACGCCUCUUUGCUUAUUUACUACCAACCACUGGGUCUUUUGAAUGUUCAACGUGAUUCCUGUUUGUAUACGUCUGUCUGUCACUUAGUUUAAUAGUUCUUUUAACUCUUUCACUGUAUUAACCAAAAGUGGGUACUGUGUCAUCUUCGUAAUAAUUGAUAUUACUUACAACUGUAUCUUUAAGGGUAAUGUCUUGGGUUUUCCAUGAAAUGCUUCUUGGAAGAUUUAUUUAGAGCACAAGUUGAGGCAAAGUAUCCACCAUAAUAAAAUUUUCCUUAAAAUUGCAGUACUUAAUAAAAAUAUUAGCCCAUUAUAUGAAAGGCUUGUAUGAAAACAGAAACUAAUAUUAAAAUAAUGGUUAUAACAUUUUAAAAGUUGUCAUAAUAUUUUUAUAAGGUUUUGGUAAAUUAUUACAGUAGAUACCCCUAAUUAUAUUAUUUGCAAUAAGUUUUUUUAUUUGCUAUUAGUCCAACUUUGAAUAUAUUCAAAUCUGUCAAUCUUUCUAUUUGCUGCUCUUUUGUGAUUUGUUUUUCCUUUAUAUUCGUACAAUUUUUCACAUAAUGUCAAGUAAUUUCAUUUGAAUUUUUCUCUAAGUUUUAUUUUCUCUUAUACAUAUAGCACUUCUGCUUAUAGGCUUGGAUCCCGCGUACCAAAAAGAAGUUGAUUAAUAGCAAGCUGAAAAUUUUUUAAUAGCUUAACGGCGUCCAGUCGGACAAACUUUGAUGUACGGGAACACUGGAACAGGGGAAGUUUUAAUUGUGAAAUAGUUUAAACAUUUGGAAUGCCAGAUUACGAAAACGUCUCAUGUAUUUUGUCGGACAGAACAUCCAAUUGAUUUGUUACCCUUUCAUUAAACUCAGACAUGCAAAAAUCAGACUGCUAUUACCAACCAACAUUAUUCCUGUCAUUUGACAUGUUCUUCGUGUUUCACUCAUUAAAAUGCCCAUUUGGUGAAUAACACCAGUCUGAUUUUUAGAUCAGAGUUUAAUGAAAUGGUGACAAAUCGAUUGGAAGUACUGUCCGAAAAAAUGGAUGGGACGUUUUCGUAAUCUAGGUGCCGUUAAUAUAUUAACAAAUUUUCAGCUGGGUAGUAAUCAACUUUUUUUGGUACGGGGGUCCAGGUCUAAUAUGCAAAAUGAACAUUUAUAACUUGAUCUAACCAUAUUAUUACUUAUAGGAUAUUGCAUCUAUUUCAUCUACUUUAAAGUUUAAUAUAUUUACCCCAUAGAAAUGCAAAUAAUGAUAUAGAUUAUGUGCAAUAUUUUCGUAUAUAGUUGUAAUUUACCACUUCGAAUUUGAAUAGACUGUAGUUAUUUAUUAUUUAUUUAUUUAUUUAUUUAUGUAUUUUAGUUAUUAUAGUAGAGAAAUAAAAAUUAUACAUUAGUA